AUGCAUCGACGUUUCAAGAUUCUAUAUUUUGCUCUGGUUGCGAAAUACGCCAGGGCAGCCCUGGAUAUUAUCCCCGGCGCAACUUGGACUGCUGACAGCACAUCCAAGCACAUGGCGCCGGACUCAUGUAUGAUUUCUUGCCUCCCAUCACCUCAAUAUCAACCACUAACAUUACACAGCGAAGAGGACGGAACUUACUAUAUGAUUGGCGAAGAGAAAACCGAUGGGGCCCUCUUCCAAGCCGUUAACUGCUACUCAUCUACGAAUCUAGUCGAAUGGACAUUUGUGAACCAACUGCUCACUGUCACGGAAGAAGAGGGCGCAGACCUCGGCCCAAAUCGCAUUGUUGAACGGCCUAAGGUCAUUAAGAACGACAAUACAGGCCAAUAUGUCAUGUGGAUGCAUAUUGAUUCAACGGAUUAUGCGGAUGCAAGAGUCGGCAUUGCCACGGGGAAUAGUGUUUGCGAAGACUAUGUGUAUAGGGAGAGUUUUCGGCCGUUGGGUUUCCAAAGCCGAGAUAUUGGGCUAUUCAAAGAUGAGGAUGGCUCAGCUUACUUGCUUAGCGAGGAUCGUGAAUACGGAACUCGAAUCAUAAGACUUACAGAUGACUACCUCCAUGUCGCGAAUGUGACCUUUGGCUGGGAGUACUUUGCUGAAUCUCCGGCCCUUAUCAAACGCGGCGAGACAUAUUUCAUUUUUGGAUCUCAUCUGACGGGAUGGUCGCCUAAUGACAAUAUCUAUUCCACUGCGACUUCUCUCUCUGGACCAUGGACGGACUGGACCGAAGUCGCCCCCGUCGGCUCAAACACCUUCUCUAGUCAGGUUAAUUACGUCUUACCUCUAGGCACGGACAAGGCAAUUUACAUGGGUGAUCGAUGGGUCUCAUCGAAUCUAGGCGCGAGUACUUACAUCUGGCUUCCAUUACAGAUUGACGGGACAACGGCCACCGCGAGUCUGACGUGGUAUGAUUCGUGGAGUGUGGAUCUGGCCUCUGGCACUUGGAAUGCAGAGGAAGACGAGACGGUGUAUGAAGGCGAAGACGGGGCCCUUUCCGGCGGUGCCCGGCUCAUCGACUGCUCCCGGUGCAGUGGCUCGACUGCAGCAGGGUAUAUCGGCGGUGCUGGGGACGGCGAGAAUGACGGUGCUGUUACCCUUCAGGUCGACUACGCGACACAGAGUACGGACUCGGCGCGUAUAACUCUAAACAUCCAUUAUCUAAACGGCGAUACAGACCCCCGUUAUGCCGCUGUGUCUGUCAAUGGUGGCGAGGCGCAGACGAUAGCUUUUUUAUCAACUAACCAGCUUUCUGGUAGCGGUAGCAGUGCUGUACAUGUUGACUUGGUCCAGGGCGUUAAUACUGUCCAAAUAUCGGGCGUGGAAGGAGGAGGGUGGGGACCGGAUAUUGAUCAGGUGGCAGUGCCCUUGUAA